GUGUAAAUUGUUUAAUAAAUGUUCCACCAUGAUAGCCUUCGAUUUUCUGAGUUUUACCAGCAUGGAAUGGAUUGUGAGACGGAAUUUAUGCUUGCUCGGCGUCUAAUCAGGACCAAGGACAGCGGCAGAUUGCGCCGAAGCGCUGCGUCAGGUUGCUUUGUUCACUGUUGGAGAGCUGAGACGCACUGAGACAUUCUCAAACGACACUGCAACCUGAUGAUCAGCUCUUUGUACUACUAAGCAACAUUCUUUUUCUUUUGCUAAUUUGGAUUUACAAACGACCUGCGACUUACAUUUAAAUAUUUCAAUGUUAUACCAACGUGGAGUCUGAGACACGAACCUAGAGCCAAGGAUUAUUUUUCCAAGACGCACAUCAGUUGAUCAGGGCAUGACUUUUCUAAACAUCAUCAGAAAGAUAAGGUAAAAUGUCUGGAGAAUUUACCAACGUUGUUGAUGAAGGCUCGGUAGUCACUAUUGCCACAUCUCUUAACUUUACCUGCAGUUUGAACACGACUAACUGCUCUCACAGGGACUUCCAAAUAUCGGACUUGGGGAAAAUGAAUUUUUUGGGAGAUGGCGCCGCUGCUGUGAGGAUUACCAUCUCCGUCAUUUACUCGCUAGUUUGUGCACUUGGUCUUGUGGGGAACUUGUUAGUAUUGUACUUAAUGAAGUCUAAACAAGUGUGGAGAAAAUCUUCCAUUAACCUUUUCGUGACAUGUUUGGCAGUGACUGACUUCCAAUUUGUCCUGACUCUGCCUUUUUGGGCAGUGGAAAACGCGCUGGACUUCACUUGGCCUUUUGGCAAAGCAAUGUGCAAAAUAGUUUCCUUUGUGACAGCUAUGAACAUGUACGCCAGUGUGUUUUUCCUGACAGCUAUGAGCGUGGCGAGAUACUGUUCGCUUGCCUCUGCGCUCAAAGGCAGGCGGCGGCGGACGCACUGCUGCUCCGCGCGGUCCGUCACCAUUUUCAUCUGGUUUGUCGCUGUCUCUGCGGCUCUUCCUCACGCAGUUUUCUCCACUACCGCAAACGUUUCAGGCGAGGACCUGUGCCUCGUUAAAUUCCCGGAAGCCAACGGAACAGUGCAAUUUUGGCUGGGACUGUAUCACUCACAGAAAGUGUCACUGGGUUUUGUGGUGCCUUUGGGAAUAAUCUCAGCCUGUUAUCUACUCCUUUUGCGCUUCAUCACCUCUAAAAACAUCAACACGUCCAGUGCCAAACGACGCGCCAAGGUCACAAGGUCUGUCACCAUUGUGGUUUUGUCCUUUUUCCUCUGCUGGCUGCCCAACCAAGCGCUGACUGUCUGGGGCAUUCUCGUUAAACUUAACGUGUUUAAUUUCAGUUAUGAAUAUUACACCAUGCAGGUGUACGUGUUCCCCGUAUCCGUGUGCCUGGCGCACUCCAACAGCUGCCUGAAUCCCAUCCUGUAUUGUCUGAUGCGACGGGAGUUCAGAAAAGCGCUGAAAAAUCUCUUCUGGCGCAUGACUUCUCCUACCCUGACCACCAUAAGACCGAUCACAGCCUCCACAAAGCCAGAGAACGACGAGCAGGGGCAGGUACUGGUGCCCGGUAACGCAUCAGAGGCGCCCGCUGUGGUGUUUUUUCCUCCGGGGACUGUGGUUUACAAUGACAGACGAGACCUGCCGCAAAACAGCACGUAGUCUAAUGUGACAGCUUAAGUUUUAAUCGUAUUUGAUUGCUGUGCUCAUAUGCAUUUAUGUUAAUCACCACCGUUCAUGCCCAGCAUGCUGCCAGAGAGCUUAAAGAGCUGAAGUUGGAUCUGCAUUUUUUUUAAAAAGAAAAACUCAAGAAACCUGUCAGUCAUUAUGACUCAUUCUGGUCCAGAGAAACGGUACUAUGGUCUCAUCAAGUCUGUGUUUUGAAUCACUGAUGUAAAGUCAAUUUUGUGUAUAAGACAGAAAAAACAUAUUUGGAUUGUAUUGUUCAAAG